AUAUAUCCUUUGGCUGUCGAAUUGAAACCCUUCAAAGACAAAGUUGGUGGGCACACUGCGAUCUUCAGAUUUUCACAUCGAGCAAUUUGCAAGGCCUUGGUUAAUCGAGAAAACAAGUGGUACGAAGCUGUUGAAAUGUUGCACCCUGAAUUGCUUCACUUUAUGCCCAAAUAUAUUGGGGUUCUUAAUUCUUCGUUUUCAAAGAUCAACGAAUUGACAAAGAGAAAUAGUGCCAGUUUGAAAUUAAACGAAAAUGAAAAUAUAGAGUUGCCUCCUCAGGUUGUUUUAGAUGAUAAUAAGCACAUCAUCCCGGAUUCCAUUUGGAAAAAAUUUUCUUUUCAAUCUACAUCAUCUCCAGAAACUGACCCAAACAGCAUUCACUCCAAAGACUCAACUCAUUCAAGUUUGAAUUCAGGCACCACAAAUAAAUUUCCUGGUUCCAAUAGUUCAAGCAACCCCAAAGACUCGACCAUUUUGCAAUGUAACAACAAACUUCAAAAUAUGAUACUGAAUUCUUUGACAGGCUCAACCUCUGUUAAUACCGAGUUGCAGGAGCUAGUGAUACGUGAAGUGUUUGCUCCAAUCAAGAAACAUGCUGAAAAUGUGAAGGAGCAAAUGAGUAUAAAUUUUGAAGAAAAUAAACUUGAAAGUCAUAAUCUCAGAAAUAAUAUACAAAAACACAGUUACCAUUUAAAACAAAUCACUAAAUUUGAAAAGUUUAUAUUAUUGGAAGAUCUUACGAUUGGAAUGAAGAGACCAUGUGUGCUUGAUUUAAAAAUGGGGACUCGACAAUAUGGCAUUGAAUCCAAUGACAAAAAACAAAAAUCACAACGAAAAAAGUGUUAUUAUACAACGAGUAGAAAAUUAGGGGUUCGAAUUUGUGGGAUGCAAAACUGGGAUAAAAAAAACCAUAGGUUUAUCAAAAGGGAUAAAUAUUUCGGUAGAAGAAUUAAGAAAGGAGAGGAGUUCUUAAGGAUAUUAAUUCAGUUUUUAUAUGAUGGAGAAAGUCAACGAAGCAUUUUAAAGCAUAUUCCUAAGAUUGUUAAUAAAUUGAAUGAGUUGAAAAAGAUAUUCUCAAAACUAAAGGGGUAUAGGAUGUAUGGAUCAUCUUUAUUGUUAAUGUAUGAUGGGAGUAACAAUAAUGAACCCGAAUAUCAAGAUAAAGAGGGAGAUGAAAAGGAUGAAAUUUUGGUCAAGAUUAUUGAUUUUUCCAAGUGUUUAACAGAGAAUGAAAAUCUGAUCGAUACUCUAAAAAAAUAUAAAUGUAAACCCAGAUUUCCAUUUGAAGUUGAUAAAGGGUAUAUUCGUGGAAUUAACUCGUUGAUGUUUUAUUUUAAGUUAAUGUUCAAAAAGAUUGUUGGGGAAGAGUAUAGUGAUUUGAGUAAUGAGAAAAUGAAAAUGUUAAUGAAUCAAGAAAGGUUUAAGAAAAGCUUGGAUUUUUUGGAUUUUUUUGAAGAAGAUACCUAUGAAGAUGAAAACGAU